UUACUCUAAAAAUUGAAAACAAAAUAUCUAAAAAAACCCUUAAAGAGGAAAAAGCUCACCCCCUUAAAAUGGCAGUUUGUGUCGAGGUAGUAGCAAGCACACACACACACUUGUCGUCUCUCUCCCGCAACUCUUCUCGUGUUUCCGCAGUCACCAAUAACAUUAGGUAAAAGCUAAAGAGGGUGUGUGUUUCAUUUAGUUUCAAGAUCUGAAGAGGAGAGUGAUGGGUACUCACAUCAAUUUCAACAGCUUAGACGUAGACUCUUCAGGAGGUAAUGGGAGUGACAAUAGCCAGUCAAAGCCAUUGGGGAGGCAGUCUUCGUUAUAUUCAUUAACAUUUGAUGAGCUUCAGAGCACAUUAGGCGAGCCAGGGAAAGAGUUUGGGUCAAUGAAUAUGGAUGAGCUUCUCAAGAACAUAUGGACUGCUGAGGAAACUACGCAACCCAUCAUGACAACUACAUCCUCCGUUGCAUCCGUGCAGCAACCAAGUAGUGGCUUUGCUCCAGGAGGAGGGAGUCUUGUGCAGAGGCAAGGCUCCUUGACUUUGCCUAGAACGCUUAGUCAGAAAACUGUUGAUGAGGUCUGGAAACACUUGAUGUCCAAAGAUAGUUCUAAUGGAAGUGAUGCGCCUGAGAGGCAGGAGACUUUAGGGGAAAUGACUUUAGAGGACUUCUUGCUCCGAGCUGGUGUUGUGAAAGAAGAUAGUCAACAGAACCAAAACAACUGUGUUUCUACUGGUUUGGGAUUUGGAUUUGGUCAGCCGAAUCAAAACAACAUAUCGUCCAAGGGCAACAAUAGUUCUAUGAUCUUGAAUCAAGCACCAGCAACAAUGCAGCAGCAGCAGCAGCUUCAACCACCACAUCAGAGAUUGCCACCAACUAUAUAUCCAAAGCAAGCGAAUGUAACAUUUGCAGCGCCUGUGAACAACAAUAAUAGUGGUUUUGCUGCUAUGGGAAGAGGAGGGGUUACUGUGGCAUCAACUUCUCCUAGUGCGGAGAACAAUGCAGCUUGGUCAUCACCAGUUCCUUAUGUGUUUGGUGGUCAGGGAAGAAGAAGCAAUACAGGAGUGGUGGAGAAGGUUGUUGAGAGAAGACAAAAGAGAAUGAUCAAGAAUCGUGAAUCAGCUGCUAGAUCAAGGGCUCGAAAGCAGGCUUACACCUUGGAACUCGAAGCCGAGAUUGAAAAUCUCAAGCAACUGAAUCAAGAUUUGCAGAGAAAGCAGGCUGAAAUUAUGAAAACACAGAAGAAUGAGCUAAAGGAACCGGCAAAGCAGCGUCCAUGGCUGGCCAAAACGCAAUGCUUGAGAAGAACCUUAACCGGUCCAUGGUAAGAAGACAAACACAAGCAAGAAGAACUCGGACUUGGGACUUGGAAGACAAAACUAAUGUAAUAGAAGAUAGAUUCUACUGUACAGGAGAGAUGCAGACAAUGUAGAAAUCUUUUGAACUGAAUCUACUUAAAAGAGUGAAGAGUAUGAGAGAGCGUUUCAAUAUGAAUUCAUAAAUGUUAUAUUUAUAUGUGAAACUUAAAGAUUUAACUCA